AUGGGCGCCGCCGCGUGGGCACGGCCGCUGAGCGUGUCUUUUCUGCUGCUGCUUCUGCCGCUCCCGGGGAUGCCCGCGGGCUCCUGGGACCCGGCCGGUUACCUGCUCUACUGCCCCUGCAUGGGGCGCUUUGGGAACCAGGCCGAUCACUUCUUGGGCUCUCUGGCAUUUGCAAAGCUGCUAAACCGUACCUUGGCUGUCCCUCCUUGGAUUGAGUACCAGCAUCACAAGCCUCCUUUCACCAACCUCCAUGUGUCCUACCAGAAGUACUUCAAGCUGGAGCCCCUCCAGGCUUACCAUCGGGUCAUCAGCUUGGAGGAUUUCAUGGAGAAGCUGGCACCCACCCACUGGCCCCCUGAGAAGCGGGUGGCAUACUGCUUUGAGGUGGCAGCCCAGCGAAGCCCAGAUAAGAAGACGUGCCCCAUGAAGGAAGGAAACCCCUUUGGCCCAUUCUGGGAUCAGUUUCAUGUGAGUUUCAACAAGUCGGAGCUUUUUACAGGCAUUUCCUUCAGUGCUUCCUACAGAGAACAAUGGAGCCAGAGAUUUUCUCCAAAGGAACAUCCGGUGCUUGCCCUGCCAGGAGCCCCGGCCCAGUUCCCCGUCCUGGAGGAACACAGGCCACUACAGAAGUACAUGGUAUGGUCAGACGAAAUGGUGAAGACGGGAGAGGCCCAGAUUCAUGCCCACCUUGUCCGGCCCUAUGUGGGCAUUCAUCUGCGCAUUGGCUCUGACUGGAAGAACGCCUGUGCCAUGCUGAAGGACGGGACCGCAGGCUCGCACUUCAUGGCCUCUCCGCAGUGUGUGGGCUACAGCCGCAGCACAGCGGCCCCCCUCACGAUGACUAUGUGCCUGCCUGACCUGAAGGAAAUCCAGAGGGCUGUGAAGCUCUGGGUGAGGUCGCUGGAUGCCCAGUCGGUCUAUGUUGCUACUGAUUCCGAGAGUUAUGUGCCUGAGCUCCAACAGCUCUUCAAAGGGAAGGUGAAGGUGGUGAGCCUGAAGCCUGAGGUGGCCCAGGUUGACCUGUACAUCCUCGGCCAAGCUGACCACUUUAUUGGCAACUGUGUCUCCUCCUUCACUGCCUUUGUGAAGCGGGAGCGGGACCUCCAGGGGAGGCCGUCUUCUUUCUUCGGCAUGGACAGGCCCCCUAAGCUGCGGGACGAGUUCUGA